UUUCGAAUGCCCUGAUCAGUCCACAGAGCGAAAGAAAAGACAGAAAUGGCGGGAUCUCUGGCUGUUGCAGUGAUACCAAGCCAUCACGACGAGGAGCUGGUGACCGCCAUUAGAGAGCAAUGGGAGGUCCAGUACUCCCGCUUCUUUGGCUAUCCUCCGCUGGCAUCGCCGUCUCCCGAUCUCGUCCCUCUCCCUCCGUACUUGCGGAACCGUCCCCCGCUCGGCACCUGGCUCACCUCCUCGUCUCCCGCCGUGCUGCGACUGGUCGUCCUCCGCUCCAGCUCCGACGUCGUCCUCACUGUCUUCUGCGGCGGCAAAAUGCAGGAAGAGCAUUACGUUUCAAAGUUGCACAUCUCGUGGCCUCAAGUCUCGUGCGUCUCUGGAUUUCCUGCCAGGGGAACCAGAUCAGUAUUUGUUAGCUACCGAAAUUCUGCAGCCGAAAUAGAGAAGUUUGGUUUGCGGUUUUCAACACUUUCUGAAACAGAGGCAUUUAUAAGCACUUUGAAGGACAUAUUGAAGAUUGAAAGUGAAACUGAACCUCUCAGCAGUGGGUUUGGAUCUGCAAUUUCAUCACAGUCGGAGUUCAUGUCUUCUAAUAGAUCCCUCUACCGAGCUUCUCAGGACUCGAGUUUCUUGACUCCUGCUCCUGUUCUGGAUUUUACUCCCGACCUGCCAGUAAUCUCAAACAACAAAACAGGGCAACAGACUUUUAUCCAGGAAACAGUACCAACUCACAAGUUCGAAAGCAACUUUGCGGCUUUUCCACCCAGCUUCACCUCAUUGCUGACCGAUUAUUGCCCCAUCGUUGAACAAGAUGCAGCAGAGCCAACUGAAUUCGAGGAAGUCCAUCUCAAAUCACAAAUUGCGAAAUUCAUGGAAGAUUCUUCCUUCCAGGAUAUGCUGAUCAAAGUGGAGAAAGUUAUCAAUGACAUGGAUGGUGGUCUAACGUUGUAA